UCCGGGUCAAACGUUCCUUCGUCCAAUCAGCGACGAGUCAUGUCGCUCCAAGGGUCCUACCCUUUCCGUUUUGGUUAAUGUGUUGUUUUCUCUUUUGUCGUUGUGUUUUCUCUUUUGCUGUUGUGUUUUGCACUUCCAGGCCACCGUACAUUUCCCAUCAGGCCCUGUUCUGAGCCGUGUGGUCCUGGUUUCUCGUGUUUGCAGACGCAGUGGAUCCCUGCGACCCGGAUGUUCGACGACGGCUGUUGGACCUGGGCGACAUCACUUCCUCCCCAGACCUGCACUCGGAGCCCCGCCCCCUUCCUGACGUGGAGGAGCGCAGCUUCUUAGAGCUGGGGGGCGACAUGGUUUACAUCCAAUCCAGAGUCCUGGAUGGAGGCCGUUGGUCCAUUUUUAAAGGAUCUACUGAAGACGACUACGUCUUCCUCAAGGUGGACAGUUGCUCGGCCCCCUGGGAUUUUUAUCAGUUUAAUCGUCUGAAGGGGGGCUGUUCGCGUCCUGAAGGACUUCCUCUGGUCAGCUGUUUCCUGUUUGCGGACGGCUGCAUCACAGUGUACACCACCCCCAAGGAUCACAUGUUCACAGAGCUGCCGGCGUCGGUCUUCACCAAGCUGUCAGUCGGGUGUAAAGUGGUGGGGUUGUUACAGUUGGUGCUGCAGCUUCACUCCUGCGGGCUGCUGCACGCGGCGCUGCAGCCGGACAUCCUCGCCUGCUGCCACAUAGGUUUCCAGGACUCUGACUGGAUCUUCCCAGUGGAUUGGUCGUCAUCAGUGCACCUGGGUGUGCAGCGGGACGUCUUGGCCGUCCAGAACCUCCCAUCGGCUCAGGCCUACGUCAGUCUGGGUCUCCUGGAACCAACCGCACCCCCGCAGCUGGUGGACCUGGUGGGUGUGGCGGAGACGGCUCACCUGCUGCUGACCGACAGCAGGAUGGUUCCGGUGAAAGACUCCAGCGGCUGGACAGCAGAGAGCUUCAGCAGCAGCGAGCCCUGCGACCUGUACUCCGGGAUGUGGAGGAGGUUUUUCCGCUCGCUGUUGAACGCCGGCGGUCGGUCGUCCUCGUCCAUCCUGUCGGAGCUGAAGGAGCAGCUGUCCUCACUUUACCUGUAAACCGCUGAGACGUCUGUCUGUUCGUCUAUGUUUUCGUAUCUAUGUUCUUAAA